UUUAUUAAUUCCUUCUUUACAUAAAUAAAUGUCAACUGAUUUCCAAAUAAACCAACUCUUUUUUCAUUAUAUAUAAUUACAUCCUCCACUCAACCAUUUCAAUCUAAACAUAAAUGAUGAUCAUGGAAAAACAUUCCAAUCCAAAAUCCAAAUUCAUGAAAUUUCUUCCCAGAGCCGCCUCUGCCGUUAAUUUCCACAACCCACCCGUCAGUCCCGGUAGGGAAACUCGACCCCUCGCCGGUCGAGGAUUUUCCGGUCCCAUGAACUUCUCGAUCAUACCACGGGAAGCGCGAAUUACCAAAUCCAAUAACUCCGGUUUCGAAACGCCGGAGCCUACGUCGCCCAAGGUGUCCUGCAUCGGCCAAAUCAAGCACAAGAAGAAGUUGAAGGGCAUGGCUAAGACAGCUGCUGCGGCCACGGUUGAGUCCAAGAAUCGGCUUCCGCCAUCGAGGAUUAAGAGAAUUUUUACAGGUGGGAAAGUACUAGGGAGGGCAAAAUCCAACGUCGCGGGGGCUGCGGCUCAGUCGGGGAAACCGCCGUUGCCGGAGAGAGCGCCGGGGCUGAAUCAGAUGAAGAGAUUCUCGAGUGGACGUGGCGCUUUGGCGAAUUUUGAUUGGACAGCACAGAUUGCUCCGGAGGAUGAGGUGGAGGGAGAGGGGCGGAGAACGGUGUGGAUUGGUGAAGAAGUUGGGCCAUUUCAACCGAGAAAAGAAGUGAAUAUAUGGAAGAGAAGAACCGUAGUUCCCCCAACACCUCUUCAACUCAACUCAACCAUUGUCAAACAAAAAUGAUACUGUGUGUAUUCUUUUCUUUUUGUAAUUUUACCCCAAAAGAGAGAGGAAAAUGUAAGAAUAUUUUAAUACAAAUCUAGAAUGGGUUUCUAGUUAAGUUUUGUAAAUUUGUGUUGGCAAAUUUCAUUUUCUCUAAAGAAAAAGAAAAAAGAAAUUAAUUGGCAACUAAUUUACUCUUCAAAAGUAUAUUAAUUUCUCCAUUGAUAUAGAUUUUAGGUACUUCACUUCGGUUAUACAUGUAUUCGUCUUAGGUUGGGAAACUUGUGUUCUAUAAAGUUGAAAUUGUGUAUUUACGUUCAUUUAUGUUGGCA